UAUGCUACAGCGGGGGGGGGGGGGCAGAUACACCAGAGAAGAAGAAGGUGGAGGAUGUUGGAGCAGCAGGCAGGUGGCGCUGCGGGACUCUCCCCCAGCUCCUACAGUUGCAUGCCGGGUAGUUGAGGAUGGCGUCUGCGGGCUGUGUGGAGGAAUGAACCGGCUGACCGCUGACUGCUUCCCCGGUGAACCCGCACUCUCCGCGGCCUCACGUGUUUCAGCAGAGCGGAGCUGCCGGUGUUACUGAGCUAUGAGGAGUGCUGACCUGUUGCCUCCAGGCGGCCUGGCUGUUGGACUAUGCUGUGUUUGUCCACUGGGUGGCGCCUCCUGAGCCGAGCUCGCCGCCUCCCUCCCUGCCCCCUCCGCCCUGCCGCUCAGACUGUUGCCAUGUACGCCGCCCGCCUGUACAGCACUGCGGGGGGAGGAGGAGGAGGGGCAGGAGGUGGGGGUGGGGUUAAACAGGGGCGACGGGCGGGGCUGGCCGUGCUUGAGGCGCCCCACCACCCGGCCCCGCCUCCCCCAACCUACCCGCUGUACCAGGGCCGUCCCGACGCCCAUCGAGGAGCUCACUUCCACCACCACUACCACCCCCACCCUCAUCCUCACCCCCACCCGCAGACCGCCCACAUGGCUCCGCCCCCGCUUCCCCCCCACUACCAGCACCAUGGCCACUUUCACACAUACGGAGGGGGGGCCCCGUCUGGAGGGGCCGCCGUCACCGGCAGCAAGAAGAAGACGUGGAACUUCAUCCACGAGAAGAUGAGCUACGACACGUUCUUUACCAUGAAGCGUCUGAUCGAGCGCUCGAGGCGUCCUGACGAGGUGCUGCGCUGGGUCACCCAGAACCCCGCCAAGAUCUCCCACAACCACUACCCCGUCGCCUUGCAGAAGAUCGGACAACUUCUGCAGGCCACGCCGCCGCCACGAUUCAGAGGGGACGCCGCCGACGCAGAGGCUGCAGGAGGAGCAGCAGAGGGCGGGGACGGACGUCAGAUCCUGGAGCAGCAGGACUUCCAGACGCUCUGUAACGCCAUCGUCAACGACUGCGCCAAGUUCGACAACUUCAGCAUCGUCAACUGCCUGUACGCCGUGGCGGCGCUUGGUCUUCCCAGUGACUCUCAGGUGGUUCAGGUGUUGGAGGCGGAGUCUCAGUCCAGGCUGAACCAGUUUAACCAGAAGGACGUGUCCAUGGUGUUCAGCUCCAGCAUGAAGCUCCACCCGGGCAGCCAGCACCCGCUGACCGAAGCCUGCCUGGCCGGCCUGGAGAAGAACCUGGAGAGAGAGCGGCACCCGCAGACGCUCUUCCUGCUGCUGUCGUACUACAGACUCAAGUGGCGCUCGCUGCAGCCGCAGGAACCUGCCGCUACUGCAGGGGGCGCUAACGCUGCCGCCACUAACAACGCACCUCCAAACCCUGAACAGCUGCUCGCCAACAGGAAGAUCUUGCGUCUGGUCAAGCACACUCUGGCGAGCGUCAGCGGCGUUCGUGACCAGGAGAUGGCGCUGUUGGAUGAGAUGUUGGCGGCGUGUGCUCGGGAGGCGAGUAACAAGAGUCUGGAGUUGAUCUUUAGCUCUCACCUGUUCUACCAGAACAGACAGGAGAGGUUCAUCAGCAGCCUGGCAGAGGAGCUGCCAAAGAAGGUGGACAGCAUCACUCCGUACACAAUGGCGCUGAUCGCCAAAUACAUUGCUCGCCAUCGACUGAGAGAGACGCGACUGCUCGACACCAUUGCGGACUUUCUGGUGAAGAAGGCCGAGUACCUGGACAGUAAGGUGAUCCAGAAGCUGGUGUUCCCGUUCAGCAGGAUGAGUUACCGGCCGUCUAACGAGCAGCAGUUCUUCUCUCGGUUGGAGGAGGUGGUGGAGCUGAAGGCGCUCAGCUCGCCGCUUGCCACCGUCAACAUCCUGAUGUCUCUGUUCCAGCUGGGACAUUUCCCCGGCCUGGUGCUGCACCGAGUCUUCUCCUCCGCCUUCAUCAGCAACGUCACCAACAGUCCGUACGCUCUGAUCGUCCGGCGGUACCUCUCCCUGCUGGAUGCUGCUGUGGAGCUGGAGUACCGCGAGUACACCGGACCACGACUUCAGGACGCCCACAAGGUCCUCAUGUUUGACCACGCCCUGACUGCUGAUGAGGUCAACCGCAAGUACAGCUAUAAAGGUCUGGUGGCUGAGGCCCUGCGACAGCUGGUUGGAGAGCAGAACUACAAACAGGAUGAAGUACUCGCCCCGGGAUACUACACAGACUUUGUGUUGUGGAUGGACAGUUCUGGUCGGGUUCUACCUAUCAGAACCGGAGCUGGUCUCGCCUUCAGCAUCAUUCCUCCGUCCUGCGUCACCGUGGCGACCAAGCCAGCUGAUGGUAGUGUUGCCAUGGUUACUUCAGAGUUCCAGAAGUUCUCUCCCUUCGCGACGCUGGAGGAGGGCGCAGAGCAGCCAUGUCAGGUGGGCGAGGCGCUGGGCGGGGCCAUGGAGCCCAGGUCCUUCCUCCCCCACCACAUCCGCGGCACGGCGGGGGCCACGGCGGCCUCAGGGCCCCCGCGGCCUGGGACUAAUGGAGGGCCGUUGGACUAUGGCCACUACUACGUCCCCCCAGCAGAGUACUACUCCAGUCUGGCAAAGGAGCACUCUCUGGAGAGCCAGGACAGCUCCACGCUCAGCAGCCCCCCCUCUGACAGCCUGGCCCAGCCCGGGACCCAAGGACCUGCAGGGGCCGCGGCCCCGGACUCACUUUUCCAGUUUUCCAUCGGUAAGAUCCUGGAGGACGAGGGGGGAACAGGGACCCCAGGAGGCCAGGGGACAGACUGUGAGCUGCCGGAGUUCUAUGAGGACGUGACAUAUUCUGAGGGGUCCGGGGCCGACAGAGGGCCCCCAUCACCUCCACAGCUCCACGCUCCUGACAGACCUGACGCGGAUAACCCACUUACAGACCAGAGACAGAUCAGGAGGGUCAUCAUGUCCGUCAAUGAUAAGUGGCAUUACUGCCACAACUCUGAGGUUCUGGUUGGUUCUCGGGCCAUGAGGGACCGACACCUGAGGCUGCUGGGAUACAUCAUCCUACAGCUGCCGUACCAUGAGCUGGAGAAGCUGAACGGCAUCGAGGAGGUGAAGCAGUACCUGCACAAGAAGCUGCUGGACGCCCCGCUAUGACGCUCUGUGUGUGUGUGUGUGUGUGUGUGUGUGUGUGUGUGUGUGUGUGUGAGUGAGAGAUGUCACGGCUGCUUCAGGUCUGUGGGUCCUGGUUCUGGGGUCGAGUCCGGGUCGGAGGUGUGUUGCCCUCUGAGAGUGACAAUGUAUAUUCAGAUCACAGCUGCAACUACCAAUGAUUUUAUCAAUGACUCUGUUCACGAUGUCCUUAUUAAUCAGUCAGGCUCUCAACCUCCUUGUCCUCUGGUGUCCGUCUCUCCUCUUUCUUAGCUCAGUAAUAGUUUUGGACUGUUGGUCAGACAAAACGAGACAUCGCCGUGGACUCUGAAAACUCUUAAUAAUAAGUUUAUCAAAAAGACCAUCAACAGAUUAAUAAAUGUGUAGUUGCAGCUGUACACGUUAAUGUGUAGGUUGACUCAGACUCCCAUCAGGCUUUGCAGCUUUUUAAAGGACUGCCCUGCUGCUUUCUGACCAUUUUCCAAAUCAUAAGUUCUCAGAUUGAUCUCCUUCCUUAAGCGAGCUUCUGUUCAUUUCUAUAAACAUCCACCAUCAAGGCCUCCUAGCAGAACCCAGCCACCAAACUCUGUUCAAUUUUCCUUUAAGAGUACUUUUAAAACAAAUCCCGAUUUAUUUAAUCUGAUGCUUGUUAGAUGUUCUCUCCCUCUGUGACAUCUGAUGGAGAAAACAUUUCUUUUCCUUUUAGACAGAAAAUAUUUCUUAAACUGAAUGAUCAGCCUUGAAAAGUGUGUGUAACUGCAGAGUGCGAGUUCCUCUUCAUGUUAAAAACAGCUCCAAGAACAUGAGCUCUGUGAUUUCAGACACAAACAUGAUGUGAGGAGUUGAACACAUACCCGGGGCCGCUCUCACCUGCUCAGGUGUGACCUUUUAGUUUGGAACAUGGUCCGCAGGGAAGUAGUCCUUUAACGUGACGCCGUGAUGUCAUCAUAUCUUUCUUUUGUUUUGGUGGGGGGGGGGGGGGGGUGAUGCAUGUGUGGGGCGUUCCUGUUUUCUAAAAUCAGGUGGAGUUAAUGAGCUUUUUCUGUGGUGAGGUCAGGGGCUGAUGGGUACUGUAGUUCUGAGUGUCCACAGGAGUGUGCCAAAGGCCUGGGGGAGGAGCCAGCUUCUGUAUGAUGAUGUGGGGUCAGAGGUCAGAUUAUUUAUUUGUGUAUCAGGCGUUGGACGUUGGAGGAAAGAAGCUUGUUUAUAUUCUAUAAAUCUAUUAAUUAAAAUGUCUAUAAAACCUG